AUGACAGUUCCACUUAUGAAUAAAUUAAAUGGUGAUGAACGUUACGAUGACGCAGUUAAAGUAUAUGAACUUGGAUGUGAACGUGGAUUUUUUGCAACAGCAUUAGGAAAAUCAAAAGAAGCAGAUGUUAUGUUGUUAGCAAUUGGAGCAUUUAAGGAACAAAAUGCAAAAGAAUCAUUAGCAAAAUUAGAAGAAUCGAGAUUAUUGAUUGAGGAUGAUACUAGUAAACCUCUUCAGUCAAAAUUAAUUGUAUUUACACAAUGUGAUGAACAUCAUAUACCAGUUUAUCAUAUUGAACAUCAAGGAUCAGAUUCAUCCGAAGAUUUUGAAGAACAUCAUUAUCCAUUUGCAGGAAAAGAGAAUGUAUAUGUAAAAUUGGGUAUUGUAGAAAUUGGAUCAGGCAAAUUACAAUGA